CAAUUCACCUCAAAACAGAGUAACAUAAGCAAUAAUGGCUAAUACUAAGGCUUUGCUCUCUCUUUCCUUUUGCUUCUUUCUUCUGUUGCAAGGCACCUCAGCCAUUUCUCGCUCACGCUCACGCUCUCAAGAUGAGUCGUAUCGCCAACAAAACCAAUGCCAAAUAGACAGAAUCGAGGCCCGAGAGCCCGAUACCCGAGUCGAAGCCGAAGCCGGACUCAUCGAGUCAUGGAACCCCAACCACAACCAGUUCCAAUGUGCUGGUGUGGCAGUUGUUCGUUAUACCAUUGAACAAAAUGGGCUUCACUUGCCUUCUUACACCAACACUCCUCAGCUCGUCUACAUUGUUAAAGGUAGAGGUAUUUUGGGAGUGACUUUCCCUGGUUGUCCUGAGACUUUUGAAGAGUCCCAAAGAGGACAAGGACAAGGACAGAGCCAAGGCUCUCAACCAGACCGACACCAAAAGCUUCGACACGUCAGAGAAGGUGACAUUGUUGCUAUCCCAGCUGGUGUUGCUUACUGGAGUUACAACAAUGGUGAUCAACAGCUUGUCUUUGUUUCUCUUCUUGACACCAGCAAUGUCAACAACCAACUCGAUGACAAUCCCAGAAGAUUCUACUUGGCUGGAAACCCCGAAGACGAGUUUGAGCAGCUAAGGAGAGAAGGAGGACGGGGUGCUCGCUUUGAUGAGAGAAUCCGAGAAAGGAGCGAAGGACGACACUCAUCGGAGAACUACAGGAACAUCUUCAAGGGGUUUAACAGCAGAUAUCUUGAAGAGGCAUUCAAUGUUGACUCCGAGACCGUUAAGAGGCUUCAGGGUCAGAACGACGACAGGAACAGCAUCAUCAGAGUCAAGGGAACUUUGGAUUUGGUCAGCCCCUUGAGGUCUAGCCAGGAGCACCAGCGCGAGGAGAGGUACGAGGACGAGAGGCAGAGGGAGAUCGAGCAAGAGCGAAGGAGAAUGAGCCGUGGCGGACGGUAUGAAGCUAACGGUUUGGAAGAGACCUUCUGCUCCAUGAGGCUUAGGGAGAACAUCGGCGAUCCUUCACGCGCCGAUGUCUUCACCCCUCAAGCCGGCCGCAUCUCCACCGUCAACAGCUAUAACCUCCCCAUCCUUCGCUUCCUCCAGCUCAGCGCUGAGAGAGGCGUUCUCUACAAGAAUGCUAUCUACACCCCACACUGGAACGUGAACGCUCACAGCGUGAUGUACGUCCUGAGGGGACGCGCUAGAGUCCAGGUGGUCAACCACAUGGGACAAAAGUGCUUCGACGGAGAAGUGAGACAAGGCCAGAUCGUGACAGUGCCACAGAACCACGCCGUGGUGAAACAGGCAAGCAGCGACGGGUUCGAGUGGGUGUCAUUCAAGACCAACGACAACGCAUGGGUUAGCCCCUUGGCCGGACGCACCUCGGUCAUCAGAGCUCUUCCCGAGGCAGUCCUAGCCAAUGCUUUCCAAAUCUCGAGAGACCAAGCCAGGAACCUCAAGUACAACCGAGAGGAAACCGUCCUCUUGACCUCAUCCACUUCCUCUCGCCGCGAGGACCGGUACGAGAGGAGGGCUACUGCCUAAACUAAUCCAAUUAAAUAGUGCAUUACUACAUAAUGUAUAAUUACAUUAUUAGUAUGCAUAGGCAUUUUACCGUUUUGAGGUACUUUUGUAGUUUGUAGAGAAUAAGAAAAUGGCCUUUUAAUCUUAUGAUUAGGGCUGUUUAUGCUUUUUAUUAUCUUUUCCUUCUUUUUUUUUUUUUCUUUUCUUGUACAAGCAGAGCUUCUACUAUGUAAUGUAGCAAUAAUAAAUAAUAAAAAUAAUAAAUAGUACUA